UUUCCUUUUUAUUUUCCCGUCUUUUUAACGAUUCAUCUAAACCCUCCUUAAACCCUACGCCUCUAUCUCUCUCUCUCUCUCUCUCUCUCUCACAAAUCGAUCAAGCUGGAGCUCUCAAAGAAUCUGAAGCUGGGGAAGAUUAAUGCCUCCAGCACCAAGGUCUGGAUCGUCCUCGGCAUCAGCGUCGCCGGCGUCCUGAUCCUCGCCGAGGCCACUCGCCGGAGGAGGAGGAGAUCGAGAGAAGGAUCGCCUCCCGUUGAAUACUUCGGCGCAUUCGUUGAGCGAUUCGAGCUCGCUCCCUCCCCUCAGCCGCCGCCGCCAGCCGCCCGCCACCCCCUCGCCGGCCUCAACUUCGCCGUCAGCGACAAUUUUGAAAUCAAGGGUUAUGUUGCCGGGUUUGGGAAUCCGGACUGGAAGAAGACACAUGAGCCUGCGAAUCGGACAGCUGUGGUGGUGUCGAUGCUUCUGAAGAAUGGGGCUUCGUGUGUCGGGAGGACGGUCAUGGAUGAAUUGGCAUAUGGUAUCACAGGAGAGAACUUGCAUCAUGGGACCCCAGUCAACCCACAAUUGCCAUCGCUGGUCCCUGGAGGAUCAUCUAGUGGCUCUGCUGUAGCUGUUGCUGCUGAACUAGUUGACUUUGCUCUUGGUACUGACACAGUUGGAGGUGUGAGAAUUCCAGCAUCUUUUUGCGAGGUUUUUGGAUUUAAACCUUCGCAUGGGGUUAUAUCUUCUAUUGGAGUAUUGACAAACUCACAAAGUUUAGAUACCGUUGGAUGGCUUGCGCGGGAUCCAUCUGUUUUACAUCGUGUUGGGCAUAUAUUAUUACAAGCAUCUCUGGUGGGGCUUAAAAGAAUGAGGCACUUUAUAUUUGCUGAUGAUUGUUUUCAGUUUUUAAAGGUUCCAAAGCACAAAACAAUGCAUGUUAUAAGCAAAGCUACUGAAACGUUGUCUGGGUACCAGACUCCAAAGCAUAUGAACAUUAGUCAGUACAUUGCUUCAAAUGUACCUAGUUUAAAGGAAUUUCAUGAACCAUCUACAAAAUUGCAACAGGGAAUGUCCACUCUAAAGGCUCUUUCUACUGUUAUGACAUUAUUACAAAGAUAUGAAUUCAAAACAAACCACGAGGAGUGGAUUAACACAGUGAAACCCAGGAUAGGUGUUAAUAUCUCCACUCGAGUUCUUGCAGCUGUGAAUUCCACACAUGAGAACGUCAAAUCAUUGUAUAAAUCUCGGAUGGAACUACGAGCUGCACUGAAUAGCCUUUUGAAGGAUGAUGGAAUUCUAGUAAUUCCUACAACAACAGAUUUUCCAUUCAAUCGCAAUUCUAAGAAAAAAAUGCCUCUGGAGCUAGAAGAUCGACUGUAUACAUUGUUGAGCAUUGCUGGGAUGUCUGGCUGUUGUCAGGUUACUGUUCCUUUAGGGAAGCAUGAUGGCCUUCCAAUUUCUGUUUCAUUUAUAGCAGCUCAUGGAGCGGAUAAAUUUCUUCUUGAUACUGUGUUGGAUAUAUAUUCAUCCCUCCAAGAACAAAUUAGCAUUUCCUCCAACUCAGUUCCAACACCAGAUACCAAUGGGAACAUGGAAUUAUCAGAAUUACUAAAAGAAAAGGGAAAUGCUGCAUUCAAGGGAAGACAAUGGAACAAGGCUGUUAACUUCUAUUCUGAAGCUAUCAAAAUAAAUAAUACAAAUGCAACUUAUUACUGCAAUAGAGCAGCUGCUUAUCUAGAACUGGGCUGCUUCCAGCAGGCUGAAGCAGAUUGCAGUCAAGCAAUUUUACUGGAUAAAAAGAACGUCAAAGCAUAUCUAAGGCGAGGAACGGCUAGGGAAAUGCUUUUAUGUUAUAAAGAAGCUGCCCAAGAUUUUAAGCACGCUUUAGUUCUCGAACCCCAAAACAAGACUGCACUUGCAGCCGAGAAAAGAUUAAGGAAAUUGACGGGCUGAUAUCAUGACCAAUGGCCGACUACAUAUUCUCUACAAAUCGGAGGAAAUAUUUUUGCAGAAGCUGAACAGCAAUUCAUACAUCAAAUAUUUAAUUAUGCCCAUCCGUUGAGGAUGAAAAUUGUGAAUUUUUCAAACAAAUAGUAUAUUUGUUUGUAUUAUUGCUGCUACAAAUUUUCCUAAUUACUACGACUUGUAAUAUAGACUUGUUUGAGAAUCAUACAAAUGAAGGAAAUCAUGUGGCGAACAAAUUUUGCACUGGAUUGAUUCGAAGGUGCUCGUGAAUUGUGAAAUUUGAAUAAAUUUUUAAGAUCCUUUUGGUUGCUUUGCCCCA